UGCAGGCAGCUGGGUUGUGGAGCAGCACUGAGGGCUGAUGGGAAUUCAGUCUUUGGUGCUGGUGAAGGUGUUGUGUGGAUGAACAGAGUCGAGUGCAGAGGGAAUGAGAUUCACCUGUGGGACUGUUCUCUCUCCCUGAAAAACCACACAGACUGCUCCAACAAAGAGCACGCUGGACUCACCUGUGCAGAUUUGUCAGUGUCCUCUUCUCCUGCUACAACAACAUCAGCUUCUCCUCCAGUGCGCUCAACAUCAGUCUCUCCUCCACAAACUCUCUCCGUCCCCCCAGUGCUUGUGAUUGUUCUGGGAGUUGUGCUCUUACUGCUCUUAGUGCCACUGCUUAUACUGAUUCAGCAGAACAGAGUGAUGAGGAGAGCUCUCUCUAAGAGGAGACACAGGACGAUGACUGAGGCCGUUUAUGAGGAGAUUCAGCACAGACACAAUCACUUCACUCAGAGGGGGAGUCUCAUCUCUGAAGAACUGAAUUCUGGCUAUGAAGAUGCUGAUGAGCUUCUCUCAGCAAAAGAGUUCAAGACUGCAGAUUAUGAUGUCGCUAAUGACAGUGGCCUAAAAGAAGAGAUGGUGAAGGAAAUCACAGCGGGAUACUAUGAUGAUGUCAUCACUGAUGGACUGGAACCAGAUCGUGAGACAGGUGUCACUCUCUUACUCUACAACAGCACAGAAUACACUUUAGUUUAAAAUAUGACUGUACAAUUAAGCUAGUUUUUUUUUUUUUAUUAAAUGAAAGUGAGUGAUGAAUGUGUGAAUUUGUAGAAAGACACACCUGAGAGCUAUGAUGAUGUCAUGACAAGCGGACUAAACUCUGAUUUCAGAAAAGGUGUUUUACUCUUUUAUCAGUUAAAAUAUGUACGGAAGUUCUAAGCG